CUCGCUUACUGCCUUCCUAGCGUGCUUCGUUCACCAAUCGCCAACCUCUCUCUCUCUCUCUCUCUCUCUCUCUCUCUCUCUCUCCCCGAUCUGUCGGGAUUUUCACGAGGAGGAUCUAGCACGCGCCGGAGAUGGUGGCCCCGAUCGCGGUGGCGUCGGCGGGGCUGGGGAUGUUGGCGGGGGUGGCCAUGGCCAACAGGUCCAUGCAGGAGGGGAGGCCCGCGGCGGCGGUGCGGUGGCCGCUGCUGCAGAAGCCGCGGUGCGCCACAUGCAGCGGGACGGGAAGGGUGGAGUGCCUGUGCUCCCGGUGGUCCGACGGGGACGGCUCAGGCUGCCGGACCUGCGCGGGCACCCGGAGGAUGCCUUGCCGGAGCUGCGGCGGGUCCGGGACCGGACGCCGGGCGCCCGUGCGGAUCGCCACCGCCUCCGCCACGCCACUCCGGCCACGGGCGAGCACGCGGUGAUCGGCUCAGCUCGCGAUCCGCGGCCGCGGCGCUCGAUUUUGUUUUCUUGAGUUAGAAAUAGUAGUAUUUGUAAUACAGUGUGUUAUAGAACAGAACCGAAUAGGGGUUUGAUAGAAUAUAGCAAGUGAAUUAGUAAUGAUUCCUGCCGGCCUCUUGCUGUUACUGAAUCGAGCCUUGUCGCGAUGAAUAUCUGCGCCUGAAUAUCUCGUGACUUCGGGCGGAUGAAUUUCCAAGGAAUUGUUGUGCUGAAAGAAUUUUUACGAGCAA